AUUAGACAUGUGCAGUUUUGGAUUUCGCAUUCAUGAGUCAUGAGUUUGAAAGGAGGGCCAGUCAUGUAAACAUCACUUUUUUCGAAAUCUGGCGGACAUUCCACCAAGGCUUUGCGUGAGAAUGUGGAAGCAACAAACACGUACUUCAGGAACACAGUUUGUUGCAUUUGACUCUGCGCUGCGGGUGCUUUGCCUGUCUGCAGCCGCCAACUUGAAGGAAGGUGUGUGCGUGUGGACAACACGCCACGCUGCCAACGUAUGCCUGCGUGCGGUAUUAGCCCUAAAGCCUUACCAGGCUUUCCCUCUGGCUUGCAGCGCAAAAGAACUAUGCUAAGUCUUUGGUGUGCCCGAAGCUAACGGAUAGGAAGGCCUCGAGAAACUUUUGUGAGAAGUGGUGCUUGUCUUUCGAACAUGCUAGAUUGCUCGCACUGGCCAUGUGCAUCUAACUUUAAGAAACCCAUCCGUAUAUUGCAAGUUAAAGUAUACUGAGCUAGUUUUGAGUGUUGAGGAUCUUCUGGAGUGUUCUGCUUGUUUUUGAGGCAGCUCCUGCUUCGAUUCAUUGUUUUCCUGGCCAACACCGGCGUCCUAGGCGUGGUCGCAGUCUUGGAUUUGCUGCUGCAGGUGAUUUCAGUUUGUCAGAGCAUGCAGUUGAGUAGAAGAGGUGACUUUCCGGUGUUCAUGGCUUUGGCAUCUUUGCCAUUUCUUAGCCCGGAGGCAUACCGACAGGGGCGGGAAAAGGUUGAUUCGCUGAUUGCAGCUGCGUGCAAGCAUGCUGCAAACCGAGAAGCUGCCUGGAAGUCAACGCUCCGCAUCUUUAAGAGCAAGGAUAGCUUUGACAGGUUGGAGGAACUUCUUCGAAGUGUGAAGCAACUUUCAAAGCAGGGCUGGUCUUUACAGGUGGUUCUUCACGUACCUGGUUUUCAGCCAUCAGCUCUAGGAAUUAACGGAAUGCCGGAGAUUCCGCUUGGCAUAGCCGCGGAAGACUUUCAAGAGAGUUGCGCAAGGUUUCAGGUUCCCCUCAUGUCCGUGUCCUUGCUCACUUCGGAGUCUAGUAGUGGAAUGGCGCUGGCUGACAGAUGGGUGCUGGAAGACUACUUGCUCCUUGUGGUGGAGAUGUUCGCGCAAGAUAUUGAAGAAUGCAGCAAACAGAUCUUAAGGAUUCCAGUCUUGCACUAUGAUUUUGAAGCUAUUACCGUUGAGAUUCUCUUUUCUCAGCUACUUCGGCUGCCCACCCCAGUACGGUUGCCUUUAUUCUAUUGCCGUGUUCUUGAGGCUUGCGCCGAGAAACAAAGCACGAUGAGAAAGCUUAUACAGGAGGCGUUUCAAUCGUUGUUUUGCAAGCUGUCCGAUAUGGAUGAAGACUGCAUUGAUGUGUUGGCGGAAGCUUUUGCUUGUCACCUUGCAGGCAAUGGGUACCAGGCAGAUUGGAGCAUCUUCGUCGCGGAAGAUGCCAAUGUUCAGGUGCUGCGGUUUGCGCAACGCGCUUUGGAACGGUUGCAAAGAUUGUCAGAGCACCAGAACAUGAUGGCUCGGCUUCCGCAGGCGAUGCGCAUACACGCCCCGCCUGAGCCUUUGCCAGCAAGUGGGUUGCAGGUCGUCUCCAAGCCACAAUUCGGACGCUUGAUCAAUUUGGUGCGGCUGAAGGACUCCAAUGCUGAGAAAGUAUUGCGGUACUGCAAGUGGUUGAUGCAUGCAGAAGAGGCGGUUGGAGUUCAGGAGCUGAAGGACGAACAGGAGGAUGAGCCACAUCCGAAGCGCCAGAAGAUUGAAAUCGAGGAGGAAUUCGGGGAGCGGCCUUCGCAGCCGAUGGGCUUUGAGGAGGUUGCUGAUUUGGUGGUGUCCGUGAUGCUGCAGCAGGGCCACAAGACCCCAACGCACAUGGCCAAGAUCCUGGAUGGACAUGAUCAGGUGCUGCACAAGCUGAAGCCGUCCAAAGAGGAGGAUGCAUCAAGUUAUGAGAAGGCAGUAGCUCGAUCUGUUCUCGAGUUCUGGAAGGCAGCAGGUCAGCGCCUUGAGAUCACCUUCGACAGCUUAAUCCAACGGAAGGUGAUCUCUCCACAGGUUGUUGCCGAGACUGCUUUAUGUCAUGGGUCUCUCAAGGCUGAUGCCAUGCCGCUAUGGAAUGUCGUGGGCAAUGCUGCACGGAAAAGCCUGGAGCGGUCCCAAGCAGCUCAUGCAGACUUGGCAAUAGCAAAGAAGCUGCAAAAGGAAGAUGUGCUGCUGCAGAAGUGUCAGGCUGAGCUGGAAUGUGCAAUUCAAGCAAAUGCACGCCUGUUUUUGUCCAUUUUCACCUCCUUGGUGAAUGCUUAUGAGGAUGCCGAGAGGGAUGCAGCUUUGCGCAACAUCCUACUUUGCCGCAUCGUGUCUGUUGGCCGGAAAUACCUGGCGGAGAUCCGACCGCUGAUAAAAGAUGCAGAGUCGCGAAUUCCCCAUGUUGGCCGCAACCCAGACAUUGCCGCGGUGUUCAAAUUGUUGAACACCCUUUGAGCUCUCACAAUGUACAGGAAUGUGGGGUUGAUGCGAGAGCAA